GUGCACCAGAGGGCUGUUUGUGAGGAGAUAAGAUGAACUUCUCGGUGAUGUAACGUUAGUUUCUGGGAACGGAAAGGAGUAAAUUUUCCUACAGUAUUGUGUUGGUGUGCAUGCUAGAGCCAAGAGGAGGCAUUUUUCUGCAGAGCACACAAUGGAGGAAGGACGAGAUUUCUCACUUUGUGGCAAAAGUGCUGUAACUGAAGCCAAUCUGAGAGAUGAGUACUACUGGAGGCUCGUUGCAGACUUCAUCGGUCCCCAAUCAGGAGAAGGAUUAGAGCUUGAGAAGGGGCCAUGCAAGAACAGACUUUUGAUUCAAGUUGGACUCAUGAUAGAGGACAAUAACUUCCCGUGGAUUGCCAUCGUAGAAUGGCUCAAGAAAAUUUUCCCCAACCAUCAGUCCACUGACUUCCGUCGCUUGAUCGAAAGAGGCAUCGCAACAACACUGAGUCUGGGAAGUGACGCAAGGCUGACCUUCCUGGAAUCGUAUGUCAACUUCAAUUUUGUUGGCCCAAUAUGUGACAGCAUCGGAGUUGAGCGACACCACCUUUUGGAAAUGACGGAUUUCUCAGAGCGAGCGCAGUCGAUCGAGGUCACGAAUGCACUGAUUCUAGAGUUGAGCAACUUUGUCUCCAGGGAGCGAAUCACGCCACUCUUUCUCGUUCAAUGGCUUAGGAACUUCAACCCUGAGUUUUGUAAGGAUGGGAAUAUUCAAAAGGCAUACCAAGUCCUGAGAGCCAAGAUAAAAAAGUUAAAACUGCACUACCGCAAUCACGAAACAAGGAGCCACAGGAGGAAUGCAAUGAUGGAAAAUCUGCUUCAAAGUCCAUUUGAGCUGGUGCGGAAAAAAGAGCCCAAAUUCAUUCCAAAGAAACGUGUGAAAAGAGAUGACCUCUUAAAUUAUGAAAAAGUUACCAUCAAGGAGGAAUACGAGACCUACGAAAUAAUGCAAGAUGUGGAGUCUGACAUGAAUGUAGGACUUGUAAGGAAAGUGAUACGGAGAGAACACGUCACUCAUGAUGAAAAUGAUGAGGAUACGGACGAUUCCAACAGUGAAGGAGAAACGUCACAUCACAAACAAGAGGCUCUGACCCUGCUCGACAUCGCAAUGUUGUCUGUUCAAAAGCUGUCACGCGUGUACGGUGGGAAAACUGAAGCAUGCAAGCAAGUUUGCUUAGAUCUCCUCAAAAAUCAGUAUGCUCUAACAUGCAAGGAGCAUCCAGCCAUGGCAGAGUUUGAGAAAAAACUUGACUCACUGUGUGAAGACUUCUCGGUCGUUUAUCCCGUGGUGUUUUUAAACCACAACGCCAACUUCCUCGUUGACAUGCAUGACGCCGUGGAGCAGCAGAUCAUGAGCUUUGAAAAAGAGAUCAUUCUGUCGACGGGAGAGAAACUAGGCCGUGACAAGCUGCCAAAAUUCAACAACUUUGUGAAUUUCUCCGAAAGUGCCACCUCACGUUACAUCCACAUGGCUUGUGAUGUCUUAAGCCAUAAAAACCCUGACAUGCAGAACUACAGGAAACACUGGGUAGCUUUCUGCGAGGAAAAGAACAACCCCUCGAGGCUUGAAGUAAAUCAGUCGAACCGAUUCAACCACUACUUUGAAGCUGCAGCCGGUCUCAUCCACCAUCACAAAGAGAUGGCUCUCUUCUUCUCCGAUCUGCUGUCAAUGACCAACGAUGCAAACAUUGUCCUGGAGUGUGUCGCCGCAGAUGCUAAUGACUCUGUUAUACAGAGCCUUGUGUGCGUUCUUGCCAUUGUUUACUGCAAAAUCAUUGGUCCUUACUGGCAGCUUCUGAAAAGUGGAGGAGAGUACUCGCUUUUCAGCCAGUACUUACUCUGUCUCUACCAAAAGUUCCUCGAUUGGUCCAAAGAUCCUUCAACGCUGCUGGAGCCGGAAGGGACCACAAAUGUUUUUCUGCAGUUCCCGUUGCAGGAGAAAACCUAUGAAGGAGUGUUUCAGUACUGCGGUCACUGGCACACAAACAGAAACCUAAUCAGAGCUUGUCUGAAGAGGAUAAUUAAGGUGAUUGCCGGCGUCACUGACGAACACCUGAAGGAUUUCCUGCCAGGAGGUUCGUUUGCUCAAGUCCCUCCACCAGAGCUGAGCUCAGAACUUGUGAGUUGCACGUUUUCCGUCUUGAUGGCGGAAUAUCCAUUCAGUGAAGGGGACCCGGAGAGGAAGAGAAAAUCAGAGAAGUCCCCCAAACGCUCACGCAAGAAGAUGGACAGCUCUCAGGAAGACAACGACCGAUACGGUUCAUCUGACAAUAGUGGCGAUGAAUCUUACGGUUGGCACUCUAGAAAGAAGAGCAGCCAAAAGGAUGGUCAUAGUCCGCAGUUUGUAAGAGGUUACAGAGAAAGGGAGCCAAAGGUGGAAGAAGAGCGUGAGGAGAUCAUGGAUAGGGAUUACAUAAUCGCCACAGUGAACAGGAACGGAGGGCCAUGCAGGACGCAGCAGGACGUCGACAAACUUCUGCUGCGUUUCGAUGGUAAACCCCGAACUGAGAAACGGGAAGCGCUCCGUUGUGAGAUAUUGUACCAGAAAAUGAUCCUGAACAACACAGAACCACACUUGAAUGAAGUCUUCCAAAACAGCACUCAGAUGGCAUUGAAGCUGAAGCUCGCGCUACCUCGUGUCAAACCGGGGUACUCUCUCGUUUUGGCACCUAAAAAGACGAAAUCCAAGGCUGUGACACAGUAUGCGACGUACGCUGCGACUGGUCAAAGUGAAUACAACAGCACAGGAGGGCUGUGAUUGCAUCAAAGUGUGACACUGAGGGAUAAGUGUGUUGUGACUUCCUCAUGUGAAAAAGGGUUCCCAAAGUCAUGAAACACCUGGAAAAAGUCAUGGAAUUUAACAAUCUUGUUUAAGAGACUGGAAUUAGUAAAAAAAAAAAAAUCAUUGACAGUUUUGGUUGAACAAAAAAAAAAAAUUAAAAAAACCAUUGAAUUUUGAGAAGAGGGAGCUGGAGGUGUUGGGACGCCACGCUCUGGGGUUCUUCAUACAUGUCAACUUAGAGCAGCACAAUAAAUCAUGUUAAGAGUUUGUAUCUGACAGUUUUGAAAAACAAAAAUAUAUAUAUAAUGGUACCUUGAAAAGUGAUGGAAAAGUUUUGAAAUGUCCAUAAAAAUGUAGGGGAACUCAUAUUUUUGCAGACCAAGAAGAAAUACACACAAUGACCUCAAUCUUGCCAAACAAAUAUAAAGUGUGAUUCAGCAUAAGCCCGAUGUCAUGUAUUUUCAGUGCCAGUAGCUGAAAUUGUAAGGUUUGAUUUUGUAGCUGUCAUACUUUUUAAUGUUUUUUAAUUUGCUUGGUGCCUUUGACAAUGUUUUUUGUUGCUGAGACCUUUUUUUAAAACAUAAAAUAGUACCCAUUAGUCAGAGGUUUGCCAACCACUGAUAUGAAAAAAAUAUGUUGUAUAAAACAUUGACAAAAUAAACAUCUCUGUUCAUAUUUACUUUCUCAUUCUGUAUGAUAAACUAUAAAAAGAAUUCUGUUACAAAACCAACCCAGUUUAAGUUCAAGUUCAUGGCUGUUUUCCAUCAACAGUCAGUGUUUUUGUUUUUGUCACUCACAUAAUAACUUGUGUUUUUUUCACAUUUGAAGGGUAUUUGUGGUUGCAUCACAGGCAUCAGCCAUGUCAGCGAGUUCAUUCUUAUUAAAGAUGUUGAUUUAGACAGACUCAACAAUACAAGGAAGCAGAAAUGAGAGAGGGGUUUAUUGGGGUCACUGUGCUAAAUGUCAAGGCCUCAAUUAUUUUCUGUGGAAAACACACUAAUCAACGUCCCCAAGCCCUGUAACUAACAACAACUAUUAGAGCUUGCAGUUGCAUGAUAUGGAGGAUCAGAAGUGUCACGGAAAUAGGAAUAAAGCAUUUAAUUGUUAACCAACUGUACUAUUCAAAUAGGCAUUAUUACAUUUGAGCAGCGGUGG